CACCUUCUCGAACACUUUCAAGAGCCUCAGCCGCAACUUCGUCACCUCCAAACCAUCAACCACAAAAUCUACACACAAUACCAAUCUUCGCACACCUGCACUAUCUUCGCCCUAUCCAAACGCCUUAACUUACUAUCAUCACACAUACGUACUCAAUAAUCACACACACAAUGGCCGACCGCAAAGGCGCCUACGGCAACGCCCCAGCCAGCGACACAUCGUUCCGCAAAACCUGGGACCGCGAAGAAUACGCCCAAAAAGCCGCCGACCGCGACGCCCGCCUCAAAGAAGAAGGCAAAGCCAAAUACGAAGCCGCCGCCGCCGGCAAAAAAUACCACCGUCGGGCCUCCACACCUCCAGAUGCCAGAGACACAGAAGCCCGUCGCAGUCGACUUGAUGUCUCUGCGCAGAUUGGUAAGACUAUGCUGGUUCCUGCGGGCUCAGCGGUUGGGAAAAGGGGCAAGGGAGCGGGGUUUUGGUGUGAGAGUUGUGAUUUGACGUUUAAGGAUAAUUUGCAGUUUGUGGAGCAUCUGAAUAGUAAACAGCAUCUAUAUGCGACGGGGCAGACAGGAGAGGUCAAGAGGGCGACGUUGACGGAUGUUGUGGAGAGGCUGGCAUGGUUGAAGAGGAAGAGGGAGGAGGAAACUGCCAGGGAGACUGUGGAUUUGGGGACGAGGUUGGAAGUUGCGAAGGAGGAGGAGGAGAAGAUUAGGGAGGAGAAGAGGAGGCGGAGGAAUGAGAAGAGGAGGAAGAAUAAGGGUGGCCAGGAGGAAGAGGUUAAGGUUGAGGUGGAGAAUGACGGUGUUAUUUGCUGAGGAGGGUAUACUCUGAGCAAGCAACUACAGCGCUACAGCGGGAUGGUUGUCCUUUCAGCCGCUCGCCCAGCAUAGGGCCUACCACUCCGCCAGAUCCAUCGACUGAGAUGUACUUUUCUCUCCGGUUUCAGACUGGCUUGUUCGACAUCAGGUUGGCCAUACACCUCUGCUCAAGCCUGAGUGAGUCUACUUUCACGAACAUCACGACCAAGCUGAUCGGGGUCCCGACUUGGCUC